AUGCCGUCGUUUGCCAACGACAUCCCCUACCAGAGUCAGACGGCCACCGCUCCGUCGUCACAUCCUCAUUCGUUUGAUUCACCACAGGGGAAGCGGCCCGAAAAGGCCUCCGUCGGGAACACGUUUCUGUGGACAAAUUGGCCCAAUGGUGACUCCAGCCAUCUCAACACCCCUCCCAACGAACGCCCUUACCUCACCAAUGGGAGCGCCUACUCGCUCCACCCGCCGCGAUCCAGCGUCAGUUCGUAUACCCGAGAAUUGCCACAGUCCAAAGAUGGCAGUCUCCAUUCCUUGAAUGGGUCGCCGCGAGAUCCCCGCGAUGGGGGCAGGCCCUCCAUCUCGCUGGACCGCGACUUCUCGAGGCGGUCGUUGGACGCCGGUGGCGGGGCGGGCUCCGCGGCGGCCUCCGUCACCAGCCAGCCCGUCAACGGCACCCCGAUAGGGAGUCGGUCGCUGAAUGGGAAACCCAUGGUCAACGGCGACCACGCCCGCCCCUCGGUCGACGAGGUGGCCACCCAGCCGGACUCGGCCCGUCCGUCGACCUCCCAGCUCGACGAGGCUGGUCGUCUUUCGCCGGAUCCCGACCGCUUGUCCCCCUCCCAGAACGGCCCCAACCGCUACUCCUCCCCGCCCAUCCCACCCAGCAUGGAGGGCGCCAACCAGCUUGAAGGGAGCUCCUCCAGCUUGCGCCAUCGACACACUCUGCAGGUGCCGCGAAACACCAGCGGUCGUCGGAGCAGUCGCGACCACGGCGAGGACGCCGCCCUGGCCACCGGUCGGCUUUCGCCUACCUCGGGAAACAUCCGGCGCACCUCCCUCAGUCUGGGUCGCCGGGCCAGCCGCACGAACCGCUCGGAAUCAUUUCCCGACGAAGCGACUCCCGACGAGGAUGCUGCCCGAUGGGCCGAAGCCAUUAAGCAGCGGCGCGCCUCACGCAAGCGCCGUCGGGAUGACGACGAUGACGAUCGCGUCAUCGUGGGCACCAAGGUCGACCAGAACCAUGUCAACUGGGUGACGGCCUACAAUAUGUUGACCGGAAUCCGCUUCACCGUCUCGCGGAUCAACGCCAAGAUGGACCGCGAGUUGACCCCGGCCGACUUUCAAGCCAAGCAUAAGUUUUCCUUUGACAUAACCGGUAACGAGCUCACGCCGUCCGCGAAAUACGAUUUCAAGUUCAAGGACUAUGCCCCCUGGGUGUUCCGGCGUCUGCGGGCCAAAUUCCGCCUGGACCCCGCCGACUAUCUCAUGUCCCUCACCAGCAAGUAUAUUCUCUCCGAACUGGGCUCCCCCGGAAAGAGCGGGAGCUUCUUCUACUUCUCCCGCGACUACAAAUACAUCAUCAAGACCAUCCACCAUUCGGAACACAAGCUGCUGCGGAAGAUUCUCCCCGAGUACUACAAGCACGUCGAGAAGAACCCGAACACGCUCAUCUCGCAGUUCUACGGCCUGCACCGGGUCAAGAUGGCCUACGGCCGCAAGAUCCACUUCGUCGUCAUGAACAACCUGUUCCCGCCCCAUCGCGACAUCCACGAGACCUUUGACCUGAAGGGGUCGACCAUCGGCCGCGAUCUGCACGAGGAGGACCUGGUGAAGAACCCCCGCGCGACCAUGAAGGACCUGAACUGGGUCCGCCGCAAUCGACACUUGGAGUGCGGUCCGCAAAAGCGCGAGUUCUUCGUCGCCCAACUCGAGCGCGACGUGGAGCUGCUGAAGAAGCUCAAGAUCAUGGAUUACUCGCUGCUGGUGGGCAUCCACGACAUCGAGCGGGGGAAUGAGGAGAAGCUGCGGGACAAGACACUGCAGGUGUUCCAGCCCGGAGGGGAUCGCGACGAGGACUCCAACCCCAACAUGCUCAUGCGGACCCCGUCGAAGCUGGAGAACGAACGCAAGGCGCGCGAACUGCGCAUGCUGAUCAAGCGGGAGCGCCCGGUGCCUCUCGAUAAAGCCACGGCCAAAAUGCCGGAAGAGAUCCUCGACGAGCGCAAGUUCCACGUCUUCUACUCCGACGACGGCGGGUUCCGCGCCACGCAUGAGAGUGGCCAGCCCGGGGAGGAGAUAUAUUAUCUGGGCAUCAUCGACUGUUUGACACAUUACGGGACCGUGAAAAAGAUUGAACACUUUUUCAAAGGCCUCUCGCAUGAUCGCGCCCAGAUCUCCCCGGUCCCCCCCGAAGGUUAUGGGGACCGCUUCAUCCACUUCAUCAAGGGCAUCACCAUGUCCAAGGAGGAGGCCGAACGGGUCCGCGAAUCGCGCGCCCUUGGCCGGCCAUCGGUCGAACGAUCCUCGUCGGUGGAGCGGACCAUGUUGGCGGCGGAAAGGGAGGCGGCCAAAGAAGGGACCCAGACGCUCGCGCAUCCCCGGACGAUCUCGACGAUGCGAGAUCCAGCCGACACCCCCGGUUCGGGACCAGCGUCCAUGUUGCCCAUCGUGGACGAAGCGGGGGAGGCCAGCAGCGUAGGCGGUCAUAGCCAACACAGCCGUCAUGGCCCAACUGCCGAUAAAGAUCUACCCCCGCUUCCGGCCAUGGAGAAAGGCAAACAUGUGGCCAUGGACGGGCCGCGCGAUAGCUACUUUUGA